AUGCAGACGACCUCUACAGACAGCUCUGGCCCCAAGAUCUCCACCAGCCUUCCGUCUAGCGAUGACAAGCCGCUGGCCGACGACGAAGACCACUGGCCCGACCCGAACAGCGACGAUGAGCUUGACAGUGACUUUGACAGCAUGGCUUCCGAUGACGACGGGAGCACCGACGACGACAUGUCCAACUUGGGCGAUGAUAGUUUCUCUGUGCAGGCCGCUACAAGCACCGAGGUUCAGGAGGCAAAUGCGAACCUCACGAUGAAGGCCGCCACUGCGCCAAUCGCUUUGCGUCGCGCAUUUGCCAAGCCUGCUACACCGACCGCCAUCACGAUACUCUGCGUAGUAUGCGGCAAAUGCCCCGCAUAUAACCAGGGUGGCAAGAGCUAUCCCACCUGCGUUGAAGCAAAAUUCAAGAACUCAUGGAAGCAGGGCACCCUUCCGACAAUCAAACACGUAUACAAGAUCGUUGAGGGUGUCGCUGUCCUAAAGCCGUACGACACUUAUCGCAAGAAAAUUGGAAACCAAGUGUUUCGGUACCAUGGUACGACGCGCCAGUGCCAAGUAGGAGACACAGGUCAUACAACACUGUGCAACUCGCCGCAAUGCGCCGUGUGUGACAUUAUCAAGACGUCGUUCAAGCUCACCUUUGCAAAGCCGACCGGAGCCUUCGGGGCUGGCCUGUAUACAUCGUCCGCGUCGAACAAGGCAUAUAGCUACGGAAAUGCUGGUGGUGUCGUACUCUUGACAAAGGUCGUCCUCGGACGUGUAUAUAAUGUGUCGCGGUUUACCGAGGUCACGUCUCUUCCCGCGGGGUACAAUUCGGUUGUCUUUGACAGGAUGAAUGGUGUGCUGAACGAGACGAUCGUGUACAGCGAUGAUGCAAUUCGUCCGGUGUUCUUACUCAUAUUCUAA